AUGGAGGCAAGCCAUGGAACGAGUGAAGAGUUCACUGGAUUGUCGUGGGAAGUUGCUGCAUCUAGUGAAUCAGAUGAUGAUGGUGUGGCAAUUGUAAAUUUCCCAAGUGAUGAUGACGAUGAGGAACUUGCACAGUUAAUGCAAAAGCAAAGUGAAUUUGGAAAAAAAUCAAUAGCUGCACUUGGAGGAUUGCGUGAAGCUGAACCAAGACAUAGCACUGAUGGAGCUCCAGCUGAAGGUAACGACACUUAUUAUGAAGAAAGUGGCUCUGAUGAACAAAAUGAUAGUUCUAAAAAUCAGCAUGAAGAUGAUGAUCCCGUUGUGCACAGAAGGAAACGUAAGUAUCCGUUCUAUGAUCCUAGCUCUUCUUCUUCUGUGUUGACUGUAGGUAAGAAAUUUUUUGAUGCCAAGCAGUUCAAAGAAGGGAUUAUCAAGUAUUCAAUAGCUGAACAUAGGAGUCUUCAGUUCACUCAUAAUACGAAGGACUAUGUUAGAGCAAAGUGUUCUCAACCUAGUUGUUCGUGGAAGAUAUAUGGAGCACGUUCAAAGAGGGAUGGGUUAUUCCAAAUUAGGUCACUCCAGGAGGAACAUACUUGUUUCAUCAUGUUUGACAAUAAAAGGGUAACGAGUGCUUGGUUGUCGAAGCACUUCUUCAAUACCAUCAAAGUGAUGCCUGAUGUGAAGUGUCCUCAGCUGAAGCAAUUGGUGAGGGAGCAUGCAGGGAUUAAUGUGUCACUCAAUCAGUGCAAAAGAGCCAAGCAGAAGGUGAUGAAAAAACUUCUAGGGAGGUACAAGGAAGAAUAUGGUCAAAUUUGGGAAUAUGCCGGAGAAUGUAGGCUACAAAACCCGGCUAGUCGAGUUUAUGUUGAGGUUGUGGAGUGGCCACUGCCUAACCAUGGGACUAACUUUGACCGAAUUUAUAUUUGCUUUGAUGCAUGCAAGCAGGGAUUUGUUGCUGGUUGUAGAUGA